UGUCUCUGAUAUAUUCCCUCGCUCACCUACGCCCUGUCGUUCUUUAGCGUGCUGCUUAUAUUUGGGUGUUCAGACGUCAUUGUCUCCCCCCACGUGCAGAAUAUACUAUCGACAGUGAUCCACGAUGAAGCUGUCGUCUGCCAUUCUGGCCGCCUCGCUUGGCUUGGCAUGGGCUCAUGACGACUACGGUCAACACGUCCCAAAACUAUUGGGGGUGCGGAAAUUUGUAUCUGGACUAGAGGCUCGGAGGAAGGCUGCUUCUUCUGAACAAAACACUGCUGCCAGGAGGCAACACCUGCCAACAAACCGACGAGCGAGUCUGAAAGGACGGCAGGACGACGACGAUGAGGGGCGAUGCGGGCCGGGCGUUGGGGGUUGCGCCGAUGGGGAUUGUUGCUCGUUUGAAGGAUGGUGUGGAAGGGGUCUGGAAUACUGCUCCGCCCCGGACUGUCAAAUCAACUAUGGCACCGGUUGUGACGGCAACCAAAAGCCUGACGGCGCGGACACCUCGACUGUUGCCCGGCCCAAGCUUGGGAGUCUUCAGUACGGAGGAGCAGGCAUCUAUGACUGCGAGAAUCCGGGUGAUAUUGCUCUAACUUUUGACGAUGGGCCAUACAUUUACACUAGCGACCUGCUCGACAAGCUGAAGAGCUACGGAGCGAAAGCCACGUUUUUCCUCACCGGGACGAACCUAGGAAAGGGGAAGAUCAAUGAUCCCGCCACCAUCUACCCUGCCAUCAUUAAGAGAAUGCAUGAGGAAGGGCAUCAAAUUGCCAGUCACACUUGGGCUCAUCAGAACGCCAGCCAGCUAACUAACCAACAAUUCACGGAUCACAUGGUCUGGAAUGAAAUCGCAAUCAACUCGAUCCUUGGCUUCUUCCCGACAUACAUGCGGCCCCCUUAUUCUAUCUGCGAGAGUAACUGCCAGAGCAUUCUGUCAACCCUCGGUUACCACGUCAUAUAUUUUGAUCUUGACACGGAGGGUUACCUCCACGAUAGCGUCGAGGACAUUCAGACAAGCAAAGACAUCUGGGACGACGCCGUUGACGGGUCCGACCCAGCCUCAGACAGCUACCUACAGAUCGAGCACGAUAUCCACGAGCAGGUGGUGUACAACCUGACCGACUACAUCCUCACCUCCCUGUUCGCUGCGGGCUACCGGGCCGUGACCGUGGGCGAGUGCCUGGGUGAUCCUUCUGAAAACUGGUACCGCACCGGACCGACCGGCGGCGGCGUCCCAAGCGGCUCCGUCGCCCCUCCCACCUCGACGAGCAUCCCGCCUACCGGACCGACGAGGACGACCAUCUCCGUAGAGCCGACACGCACGGGCCCGAGCGACGACGGCAGGUGUGGCAACGGCAUAACGUGUGCCGGAACCGAAUUUGGGUCCUGCUGCUCCGUGUUCGGCUACUGCGGCGUCGGCGACAGCUUCUGCUCGAUCGAGAACGGAUGCCAACCCGACUGGGGAGCCUGUGGCGACGAGGUGACCGAGCCAACCUCCUCUGCGCAACCUCCGUCCUCUGUGCCACCGACCUCCUCCGUACAACCGCCCACCUCCUCGGCACCACCGACUUCCUCGGCACCACCAACAACCCUCUCAACCAAAACCACCCCCCCAUCACCAACAUCCACCACUACCACCAAGCCGACCCAAACCGGCCUGCCCAUCAGCACCGACGGGCGGUGCGGUCCCGAGGUCGAGCAGACGUGUACCGGCAGCGGGCUCGGCGACUGCUGCAGCCCCGCGGGCAAGUGCAGUUCCAACACCAUCUCGUGCUUGGCUCUCUUGGGCUGUCAGCCGGACUACGGUUCUUGUAUCUGAAUCUCGUUUGGGGGUGGGUGGUUGGGAGGUUGGGAGGAAAGGGGGUGGGGUGGGGUGGGGUAAGGUUGGGGGUUGAGGACUGAAAACUGUGGUGGUUGUGUUGCGGCUGGUUGUUGUUGUUUCUUCUUCUUUUUUCUUUGCUGUAUGUAGGG